AUGGUCCCACAGCAGCUAGAACCAGGGCUGAUGGGGAAGCUGCAGGGAGGGCUCCCAUACUCGCCGCCUGUUGUGGACACCGUGCAGGGCAAGGUCCUGGGGAAGUACGUCAGCUUAGAAGGAUUUGCACAGCCCAUGGCCGUUUUCCUGGGCGUCCCUUUUGCCAAGCCUCCUCUUGGACCCCUGAGGUUCGCUCCGCCGCAGCCUGCAGAACCAUGGCACUUCGUGAAGAACACCACCUCCUACCCUCCUAUGUGCUCCCAGGACCCAGUGACUGGACAGGCGCUCUCAGAGCUCUUUACCAAUAGAAAGGAGAACAUUCCUCUCAAGUUUUCUGAAGACUGUCUUUACCUAAAUAUAUACACUCCUGCUGACUUGACGAAGAAAAGCAGGCUGCCCGUGAUGGUGUGGAUCCAUGGAGGUGGUCUGAGGAUAGGUGGAGCAUCCACCUAUGAUGGGUUGCCCCUCUCUGCCCAUGAAAACGUGGUGGUGGUGACCAUUCAGUACCGCCUGGGCAUCUGGGGAUUCUUCAGCACGGGGGACGAACACGGCAGGGGAAACUGGGGUCACUUGGACCAGGUGGCUGCACUGCACUGGGUCCAGGAGAACAUUGCCAACUUUGGAGGUGACCCAGGCUCCGUGACCAUCUUUGGAGAGUCAGCGGGAGGUGAAAGUGUUUCUGUUCUUGUGUUAUCUCCACUGGCCAAGGACCUCUUCCACCGGGCCAUCUCUGAGAGUGGAGUGGCCUUCACUUUUGGCCUGGUCCAGAAGGACUCGAAGGCUGCAGCUCAGCAAAUUGCCCUGUUUGCUGGGUGUAACACCACCACCUCGGCUGUCCUUGUUCACUGCCUGAGCCAGAAGACAGAGGACGAGCUCCUGGAGACGACGCUGAAGAUGAACCAUCCUUACCUGCCCACUGUGGUUGAUGGAGUGCUGCUGCCAAAGAUGCCUGAAGAGAUUCUGGCGGAAAAGACAUUCAAUACUGUUCCCUACAUCGUCGGAAUCAACAAGCAAGAGUUUGGCUGGAUAAUUCCAAAGAUGAUGGGCCUCCCACACUCUGAAGGCAAGCUGGACCAGAAGAUGGCCAUGUCACUCUUGCAGAAGUUCUGCCACAUCCUGAACAUCCCUGAGGAACUGACUCCAGUGGCCAUUGAGAAGUAUUUAGGAGGGACAGACGACCCUGUCAAAAAGAAAGACCUGUUCUUGGAUUUGAUGGGAGAUGUGAUGGUAGGAGUCCCAUCUGUGACUUUGGCCCGUCUCCAUAGAGAUGCCGGAGCCCCCACCUACAUGUAUGACUUUCAGUAUCGCCCAAGCUUCUCAUCAGACAUGAAACCCGAGACAGUGAUUGGGGACCACGGGGAUGAGCUCUUCUCAGUCUUCGGGGCCCCGUUUCUAAAAGAGGGUGCCUCAGAAGAGGAGAUCAAACUCAGCAAGAUGGUGAUGAAAUUCUGGGCCAACUUUGCUCGCAAUGGGAACCCCAAUGGGCAGGGGCUGCCCCAUUGGCCAGCGUAUGACCAGAAGGAAGGGUACCUGCAGAUUGGUGUCACCACUCAAGCAGCCCAGAAGCUGAAAGAAAAGGAAGUGGUUUUCUGGACCGAAUUCCUGGCCAAGGAGGCAACAGAGAAGCGACAUCAGACAGAACAUGUUGAGCUUUGAGUGGGCAGCCUACCCAGCCUCGAAGGCCUAGUGGAACCCAGAAGGACAGAUGGAGUAUUCUAUAGAAGGUGUUUCUGGGUCAAUGAGGCAUCUGAUUGUGGAGGUUGGAGAAUUGCCUGAUGGGAGUGGGCA